GUUGCAUCUCGUCCUCGUCGUCUAUUUCCAGUUCGUACACAUGUGUUCAACAUUUGUUCGGCRUACAUUGUACACGACAGCUGAUCUCGAGUCUCAUAUUAAGUCUUCGUCGUCGCCGCCGCCGCCGUCGUAGUCGUUGUCGCCCAAGACUCGAGGAGGCCCUCCUCAGACACGAAACAUCGAGAAUAUAAUUUGACCGCGGAAGACCAUGGAUUACGCUACGCCGAUGAUCCUGCCACUGUUACUGAUCACCACGAUUAUACCCGUGUUCGAAGGUUGCGAUCAGAGUAGACAGGGGUGUCGAAUACAAGAAGGCCAAUGUCUCUGCGGCAAGGGUUGCUAUUCCGAGUACAGAUACAGCAACUACGAGGAAUGCUACAAAGCGUUAAAAGGUCGCCGAUUUGAUUUCUGCGCACAAGGUCCGUGUAAUCAUAACGGAGUGUGCGUUCAAACUUCGCAAGAACCCGGAUAUAAAUGUAGAUGCGCUGGAACUGGAUAUUAUGGUGCAAGAUGUGAAACAAUUUUUAACCAAAAAUUCUUCAAAGAGAAACGUGGUUUAUAG